CUCCCAGGGGAGAGGGUUUAUUCACCAUGGUCUGUCAGGUACAUUGUGAACACAUCCAAAAAUAGCAGUGUCUGAGUAGCAGGGCUCAGAAACGCUCUGUUUUAAUCGAUUCAGAUCUUACUAAAACAAUUGCAAGAAUUAAGGCAAUACAGCAUGUCGUUCAUCCAGAAGAUUAGAUAUUUCUUUAAAAGGCAGAUUUCUAGAGUUCAGAUGGCACUGAGCAGAUUUCUUUGGUGCCGAUGGACACGUGACUCACCUGCUAUCAUGCUUUCCAGAGCGGCCACCAUGGCUGGGUUCACUGCUCACAAGAUCAGUAAACACAUCACCUUCCUCGCCAAUGACGUUGCUGGGACUCCCACGGCUAGUGUUUCACCUGUUCACCCUAAACCCAUAUUGCUGUUGCUGCCAUGGCUGGGCUCCAGACCGCAGGCCAUUGCCAAGUACUGUGAUAUUUACUUUCGCACAGGCUUUGAUGUGCUCAUAGUGGAAAGUGCGGUGAGCCAGUUCUUGUGGCCUCGCUGGGGGUUGGAGUAUGGUGGCCAUGUGCUGGAAUUAUUAGAGAGCGAGCGCUUCUCACAGCGCCCCCUACUGGUCCAUGCUUUCUCCAUAGGUGGAUAUACAUUUGCUCAGGUGCUUGUUCAUGUGGCCAAAGACACCCAGCGUUACCAAGGCCUGACAAACAGGAUCAGGGGUCACAUCUACGACAGCCUUGUCAUGGGAUCGCUGGAGCAUAUGGCCAAUGGUCUGGGUAAAACCAUACUGCCCCAGAUGGAAGGUCUCGUGAAGUCGGCUAGCCUUCUGUACUUUCGUGUCUUCAAAAACCAGACGGUUGGCUACUUCAGCUCAGCGAUCAGUGUUUUCUGGAACACUCCUGUGAUGGCACCUGCUCUUUUCUUCUACUCUGAGAACGAUGCACUGUGCGAUUACGAGAGCUUGGAGAAGAUGGUGGAGUUCUGGAGGAGCCGCGACCUAAUUGUGGAGAGCAAGAAGUGGAAGGAGUCUGUUCAUGCAGGUCAUCUGCGCAUACACCCUCAGGAUUAUCUGUCCACACUGGAGAAGUUUGUGCAGUCUCUUAACAUGGUGCCUCUGAAGGCCAAAAUGUGAAUUCUGAAGGCUGUCACUCGUCUCAUUAAACAUCCAAGUUACCUGAAGUGCCUGGUUUUAAUGUCACAUAGACAUUCUCAUACUCUUUGUUCAAGUGGUACUUUGUUAAAUUGCUGUCUUGCUUUCUCAAACUUCUUCAGCCUUUUUAUAUUUAUGUGACUACAUGAAAUCCUUUUCAGCCAAAAAUUCAUACCUGGUCCAGAAGAAGAAGAAUCUGAGCUCUUUUUGAAGACCGUAGCACUGGGAUGUUGG